AUGGAAGACGACAAGCAGCUCGCGUUGUUCGAGGCUUUAAGGAAACGUCAGCUGCAGAGUUUUAAUCAGCAGGAGGAAGUUGCGAGGCAGCUUCGGAUCCAGGCAGAGCGGGACGAGGUGGCGAGGAUCGGGUGGAAGCGGGCGGCGAAGAAGCUUCUGGGAAGGCUCCGCGGCAGCCAGUGGGACCCCCUGCCUGGUGCUGACGUGGAAUUUGCGGAUUUCUGGGCGCUGCUGCAGAUGGGGAGGGUCAAGUUUGUGAAUUACGGCGAUAAUGGCCGGUUUGUGGAAGUGAUUCUUCCCCAUCCUGCCAAAGACCUUGGGCUGGAAGUGAAACGGGGAGACGGGGCGAGAAAGAAGGGGAAAGAGACAGUGCGACAAGCAGCACCAAAGGCAGCGGAAGGAGCAGCAGCAGGAGCAGGAUCAGAAGGCGAGGAGGCGGGUGAAGAGGCAGAGACGGUGGGGCACAUGGGUCUUCCAGACCAGGUCGUGUGGUUGAAGCACAGGGUGCGACACAUGCCAGCAGACGUGCACUCCGAGGUCUGGUCCCUCCUCCGCACCCAACUCGCCCACAUCACCCUCUCCAACCGCCCCUCCGCCUUCCCCCCCGCGCCCUUCACCAACCCCUCCUCCCCCUCCGCCCCCUCAACCCUCUCAACCCUCUCCACCUCCACAGCCCCCGCCCCCACCGCCCUCCCCUCCCCUUCCUCCUCCUCUCGCUUUCCGUCGCUCCUCCCGGCCUCCUCGGCCGGGCUCCUAGGCAGCACAGUGGGGACUAUUCAGCUGGCGGCUACGUGGGGGAUGAGACUGGCACUGGCGUGUGGGCUGUAUGUGGGGCUAGAGAGGGUGCUGUUUCCACUGUACCAACCCACCAAGCUGGAGGAGAGACCGAGGAGCAGUCACAGGAAGCUCACUGCUGUUCUCAACCCUGAUCUCGGCACCAUGGGGCAGAGCAGGGCACGCUAUAUCUCAGCAGAGGAGAAGACGGGAAUCACGUUUGACGAUUUCGCCGGGCAGGACUACGUGAAGCGAGAGCUGCAAGAGGUGGUGCGGAUCCUCCGGGCAGCCAAAGAAUUCGAGGACCUGGGCGUGUACUGCCCGAAGGGCGUGCUUCUUUUCGGCCCGCCCGGAACGGGAAAAACGCUGCUGGCGAAGGCCAUUGCUGGGGAAGCUGGGGUGCCGUUCUUUUCUGUUUCUGGUGCUGAAUUCGUGGAGAUGUUUGCAGGGGUUGCAGCCUCCAGGGUGAAAGAUCUGUUUUUUCGAGCACGCCAGUUCGCCCCGGCCAUCAUAUUCAUUGAUGAGAUCGAUGCCAUCGGGUCCAAGCGAGGCACGGCCAGCGACCAGGGCGGGGGCAAUAUUGAGCGGGAGCAGGGGCUGAUUCAGAUUCUCACAGAGCUGGAUGGGUUUCAAGAGAACCAGGCCAAGGUGCUGGUCAUUGGGGCGACUAACCGACUAGACAUGCUCGACCCUGCGCUGCUGCGCAAAGGGCGGUUUGACAAGGUGGUGCGCGUGGGUCUGCCUACAGAGGAGGGGCGAUUCUCAGUCCUCAAGGUGCAUGCGCGCAACAAGGCGUUCAAGUCGGAAGAGGAGAAGCUGAAGCUCCUGAGGGAGAUAGCCGCUGCUACACCCGACUACAGUGGAGCGGAGCUUAUGAACAUCCUAAACGAGGCGGCCAUCCUGGCAAUUAGGAAGGACAAAGAUGAGAUUGAGAGGGAGGAGCUGCUACAAGCUAUUGACCGGCAAGCGGGCGAGUUCAAGACAGGGGAGGAGGACGUGUUAGACAGCAGGGAGGUGCGCAUGAGGGCAGCUUACCGUGAGGCCUCCAUCGCUGUGUUGGAGUGCGCCCUGCCAGACAACUCAGGGCCGAUCAAGCGGACCUCUCUAGACAACGUUGAUCCUCUCCCCAACCUGGAGCACGAGAGGGUGCGCCACCGCUGCUUUGCGGUGAAGCAGGAUAUGCUCGAUGCAAUCGUGCGCGCCUUUGCACCCGCCAUCAUGGAGCGCAUGGUGUUUGGAGCGGCGAAUGUGAGCUGGCAGGCAGGGGUGGCAUACAGGGAGGCCGUGCAACUGGCAGACUAUGUCAUCCUGCGGAGUGGCAUGAGCGCCCUGGGGAAGGUGGUGUACGAGACACAGAAGGACCUCAUGCCGCAUCUCAUUCCAAAGGUCAUUGCUCUAAGGGAGGAAUACAUGCGCUACUCCAAGGCGAAAUGCGAGGCUGUUCUUAAAGAGUAUAGAUCGGCUGUGGACACAAUUGCAGAGCGUCUGCUGGAGGAGGGCGAGGUGACAGGAGACGCCAUUCACAAAAUCUACGAUGCUGCUCCCAAGUUCCCCCAGCCCCCAGUGCGGCCGAUAGAUGAGUACGCAGUGCUAGUGCACACCGGCAGGUGGGGCAUUCACGGCGCCUCCCUCCCCGGGAGAGCCACCUUCCACCCGGGCAACUCCGGCUACGCCACCUUUGGAGCGCCCAGGCCGCAGCAGGUGCAGGCGGUGAGCGAUGAGACGUGGCGGGUGGUGGAGGGGAUGUGGAGGGAGCGGAUUGCUGAGUUGAAGCAGAUGGGGAGGACGAGGAGGAGAGGGAGCAGCAGCUGCUUCUUCCAGACUUGGUGCUCUAGAAGGGAUUUGUGGUAG